UUCAGGUUAUUGUAAAUAUAAACAAUGGGCAUUUAAAUAUCAAAUAAUAAAAACUAAAUAAAAUUAUAUUAUGGAUAAAUACGAAGUCAUUGGAACAUUGGGCGAAGGUUCUUUCGGAAGAGUGUAUAAAGCUAAACAGCUUUCUACAGGAAUCUUAGUUGCCCUCAAAGUAAUCAGCAAAAGAGGAAGGUCAGCAAAAGAAUUGAAAGGUUUUAAAAGAGAAUGUGAAAUACAAAGAGAUUUACAUCACCCCAAUAUUAUACAAAUGUUGGAUUCAUUUGAAACAGAAAAUGAGAUUGUAGUCAUAACAGAGUUUGCUCAUAAAGAAUUAACAACAGUAUUGGGAAAAGUUGGGUACUUACCAGAAGAAAAAGUCCAAACGAUUGUAUGGGAUCUUGUAUCAGCUUUGUAUUAUUUACACUCAAAUAGAGUUCUUCACAGAGAUCUUAAGCCUCAAAAUAUAUUACUGGAUGUAAAUAAUGUAGCAAAACUAUGUGAUUUUGGUUUUGCAAGAAAUAUGAGCACUGGGACUCAUGUUUUGACUUCUAUUAAAGGAACUCCUUUGUAUAUGGCACCUGAACUCAUUGAUGAAAAACCUUACGACUAUACUGCAGAUCUAUGGUCACUAGGAUGUAUAAUUUAUGAAUUAUUAAUGGGAUCUCCACCAUUUUGUACUUCUUCUAUAUUACACUUGAUAAGACUGAUCAGACACGAACAAAUUCAAUGGAACAACUUGGCUACAUUCUUAUCGGCAAGCUGCAUUUCAUUUUUAAAGGGGUUACUACAAAAAAAUCCGGCAAAAAGAAUGACAUGGAACGAAAUUCUAGUUCAUCCCUUUGUAAAAGGUCAUAUAAAUAUUACGAAAAAUGUUUCUCUGCAACCUUUGACAAGGUCUUUGUCUCCAAAUACUUCUCAUGCUAAGGAACAGCAAAGGAAAGAAAGUAUGAAGAAUAAACUAGUCAAAACCUCAGCCAAAAGCAAUGACAUUCCUGAACACACACUGAACAAACCUCCUGUUGCUAAAACAAGCAAACAUUCUUUAAAUUCAUCUGAUCAGCAGCAGAAAUCUGAGAACCAAGAUUUGGAAAAUAAUAAUCUAGAGGAAGCUGCAAAUUUAAAAGAGGCAUCAACAUCCAAUACAAAAUCGUUGGCGGCUAGUAUGCAAAAUUUGAAAAUGAAUUCUUCUAAGAACGCUGAGACUGUUACUCAAAAAAGUGAGGAGAAAAGUCCAAUACGGACAUUCACUUUCAUUGAAGAUAAUCAACCUAUUGAAACUGAGGAGUGGAUAGUUUUUUUAACACGUACAAUUCAAGAAGUGAUGAACGGCGAGAUGGUGUCGCUUACAGAAUCGAGUCAAGCAAACGUGCUUGUCUCGCCGUUGAGGAAUCCCAAUGCUAGCUCAAGGGUUCUGAGUUUUGUGGUGAGAUUGUUAUCGAUACCGUUCGUUAUCAAGGGUGUUAGUCAGGAGUGUCUGGUGAAAAUUAGAAAAGUAUAUCUGGAAGUUAAAUUAAUCCCAAAUUUAGUGUACGCUUCAAAACUUCUUUUACGCGAAUGCCGCGAGGAUUCGUCCACCGACACAUCUUCGCCCAUAAAUUCUCCUUUGCCAUUGAACGUGGAGCGAUACAGAAAAUUUUCAGAACUUAACGACGAGGAUUUACAGGCGUUGGAACAAAUUUUUUUACUCAUCGCACAUCUGGUGCACGUCGACGAUGAUUUUUUAAUACAAUUUUGCGACUCUGUAGUCGUGUUAUCCGUUUACUUGCUGAUGAAAUUGGUUUUAUCGCUUACUAACAAAUCAAAAAACAGAAUAGUGGCAGACGUUUUAGCCAUUUUAACCCGUCUUAUGAAGCAACUUCCGGAAAACGGCGAAGUGAUAGAAAAAAUUCUUCUAUUAGAAUCCGAUCACCCGGAUAUAAAUCCAGUCGACUUGGUGGACUUGCUGAGACAUUCAGAUUCGUUGCUGCGAGAAAGGUCGUGUUAUUUUUUGCUGUGGAUAAGUAAAACUCAGAAGAUUGAAGUUAUGAAGAUUUUGUGGAGUUUUAAAGUUAAGGAUACUUUGGAGGCGUUGAUGUAUGAUUCAAUGGAAGCAGUAAGAAAUGCUGCUGAGUAUACUGUGAUGGAAUUAAAAACUAAAGAGUAUUAUAGAGAAGUAAAAUGAGGAGAUCGAUGAUGAAAAAUUGUGUUGAUCAAGAGAUUUUUAUAAAUAGCUAUGGUUGAAAAAACAUUCAAAUUACUUUUAUAAUGUGUCCGGAGGAACCAGGACUGCGUCGUACUGUGCUUCAAGACAUGGCACUUGGAAUAUUAUAAUUAUAAUUAUAAUUAUAACAGUUACUUCACCCAAAAUCACACAAAAGAACAAAACAAAAUUAUUGGCCCGAUCCUAGACUUCACAAAGCAGCUUUGAAAAAUGUUUAAAAUUAAUAAUUCUAUAACAUAUAAAGAACUGACAGGAUACGAAUCCUUCACGACAGUGGCUUUUGUAAACACCCUUUAUUGUUAAAAUUUCUUUUUUCAUUUUCAAUGAUACAAAGAUUUUUUUUAAUUUGAAGGAUUGUUGUUGUCAACUACAUUUAAUUUGUAGGCUGGCUGACGAGCUAAACGAGGAUGCAUAAUGGGGAUAGUAAGAUCUAAGUGCUGUGGGGCAACCCAGACUUCCCAUCUUACAGAUCGGCUGUCCCAUUACAAAACACAGUAACUACAUUUUUAUAAAAACGGAGAAAUAUCAAGUUUUAUGAUAAUUUUCGAGCCCCACUCAAUAAAUAAAGAUAUUGCUUCCAAAUUUUAAAGUUGGUUAGCUAUAACCUCAAGUAUUGUUUUUAACGUUAUUUGAAGAGGAUAAGUUGUUAUACAAAUAGUGCGGCAGGUAAAAUAAUGGUUUUGCAUGGGAUUUCCUUUUAAAAAAAUGAAGUAUACUAUAUCAAAACACAGUAAUUGUCUUUGCGAUGGAUUUGUUUCUAAAUAAAUUAGAUUAUACUGUAUAGGUAAAAUAAUCACUUUUCGUAGAUCCAUAGAGUAAAUUCGUUUAUUUGUUGCACUUGCAGCUGCUGCUUCGUUCGAAUCUUUUUUAUAUUCCACGUUUGCCUUCGCAGCUUUAGUACGGUGAGAAUCGAAUUGAUUUUGAAUGAUGUCAUCACCUGCGUUUUCCAGAAUGUUUUUUAAAGAUGAACACUCUUCACAAAUAUCUGAUUUAGGUUGCCGAAGAGAAAUAUUCAUCUCUUUUAGAAUUUUCCUAUAAACUUUACAUAUAUUUGGAUGUUUUAAAACAAAAUCAUCAUACAUAAUUUUAACUGUGAGCUCCCUAGGUAAAUAUUUUACAUUUUGCGCAUUUUUUCUUCUAAUGGUUCACGCAAGGAUUAAGCGAUUCAAUGUGAUUUCUAAUUAUAGCUCGGUUAACUUCUGGCCCAUAACUUCCUCCUCUCUGCUCCUUUACCCGAUCUCCGCAAGGGACUUUUUUCAUUUUUGCAACUAAUUCGGUUAUUACCGAAUCAUUAGUAUAUCCCAAAGUAUUUAGAAAUGUUAGUCUGCGUACAGCUAUUUCAGUAAAAUCUGGAAGUGGUAGAGUAAAAUACCUUGACUCCGAUCUUGAAUGUUGAGCUGACAUGCUUUUAUGUUUCACAGGGAUUAAUUUUGAAUGUUUGCUUAACCAUUUGCGCCUACUUGUGUAGCCCAUAUUCCAGUACUGAUUUCAAAUAGAGUGACGAUGAUCUUCUGUUAGAUUUCAACACUGCCUUCUACAUUUUCCUUCACAAAUGGCCUUUAUAGGAUGUUUGGUUUUAUCUCUAUCAAUUUUUUCCAGUUCUUUUCAAUGCUCCAGUAUUUUGCCUCUCUCUUUCUUCAUUUGGGCUUUCUGACUGUACAGCAUUAUUCUACAAAAAUAUACCACAUUUAGUUUUUCUUCAUUGAUGAUCUCUAGCUGAAUAUGGUUUUGCUAGAAAUAACACAGAGUUAUUUAAAUGAAAAAAAAAAUGAUGUUUUCGCCUUUAUUUUUUCCUUUUUUGUUCUACAAUGUUAUCAUCGUAUUCGCUAUCGCUAGAUGUAGGAUUCUAAUCUUUGUCCAACUCACUAUCAUCGACGGGGUUUUCAAUAAAUUGAUUUAUGAUUUUCAAGUGAAAAAUCGGUUUAGGCAAAUGUCUUUAACCUAUCCAAGUAGUAAAUUUCUUGUGGCAAUGGGUCAUCAUUCUUAAAAAGCAUAAAUUUUAAAAUGAAAUGAAAGAUUUCAUAUGGUUUAACUUACCUUCUCAGAGCAAGAACGAGCAGUAUUCACCAUACGUCGUGUUCGCGCACUACAUGAUGCAGCUAAUGCAUCGCCGGAUAAGGACAUCCUCUCGCUGAGAACAAACUGUUUGUUUCACUUAUUUGCAGAAGACUGACUCAAUACAAGACGGAAUACACUUAUAGUUUUAACUCGGAUAGUAUAAUGGUGGGGAUCAAACUUAAAGAUGAAUUUAAUCCGAAUUUUUCACUAACAAAACAGUAACAAUAAAAAUCAUAACAAAACAGUAAUUGCCAAGCAGUUACUAUGUUUUGAUAUACAUUUUGGUAAUUACUGUGUUUUGCAGUGGUAAAAUCUGUUUUACCGAGCAGUUACUGUGUUCUCAAUGAAUUGUAUUUUUCUUAUUUAUUAACCUAUUUUAGAUUUUAAAAUACCAAAAUGUUCAGCAAAACACAGCAAUUACAAAAACAUAAUAAAAUAAAUUUCGACCAUAAUGUGAGUUACUGUGUUUUGUAUUGGAACAGCCGAGAUACAGAGACGUUUUUUCAAUGCAAAAAGUAACUUCAUUUAUCUUAUUAUUAAAAAAAAACGGACUAAU